AUGAGCUCAGUGCUCCGUGCAAGUCGGCCAUGUGCCGCUUGCCUUCGCAGACUCCGAGCAUCUCAAUCGGCAUUACAGUCCACCAGCACCUUAUCAAGUUCAUGUCGACCGUUAAGUACCCUCAGCUUGAGAGUACCAUCGAAGCUUCCCUUCAAUCGAACUUCAAGGCGACUCAUCACGACUAGCAUACGUUCAGAAGCAAGAGCAACAGAUAUCACAUCGAAGAAGAGAUCAUUGGAGAUGGGCGUAUUCCCUCCGGAACGUAUACGGAAUCUCUCAAUCAUCGCUCAUAUAGAUCAUGGAAAAUCCACCUUGGCAGAUCGUUUAUUACAGAUGACAGGGACUGUGCCGCCGUCUUCGAAUCCUCAAUUUCUCGAUAAACUAAAAGUGGAGAGAGAAAGGGGUAUAACGGUGAAAGCUCAGACGGUCUCGAUAAUACACGAACAUACAGAUGGUCAGAAAUACUUGAUCAACCUAAUCGAUACGCCUGGACAUGUAGAUUUUAGUUAUGAAGUUUCGAGAAGUCUAGGAGCUUGUGAAGGUGGUUUGUUGCUGGUGGAUUGCUCUCAGGGCAUCCAAGCUCAGACGUUAUCGGUGUUCCAUCAUGCCUUAGAAGCCAACCUCAAAUUGUUACCUGUGAUCAACAAAGUUGACCUACCGCAUGCUUCGCCAGAGGAGACCAGCGAAGAAAUCGAAACGUCCCUUGGACUACCGCUCAAAGAUCACAUGCGUAUAAGUGCCAAAUCCGGACUGGGUGUCGAAAACGUGUUGAAUAAUAUAAUCGAUAAUUUACCUUCACCUAAGAAAUGGGUAGACGAUGAUGGGAAAUUACGAGGGUUGAUAUUCGAUACUUUCUAUGAUCAGUUUCGUGGGGUUGUCUCGCUAGUUCGUAUAUUCUCGGGUACAUUGAAGAAAGGAGAUAAAGUUAGAUUCCUCCAAGCUGGAAAGAGGUAUGAGAUACUGGAAGUGGGGAUUAACAAUCCUGAGGAGGUGGUGGUGGACCAGCUGAAAGAUGGCCAAGUAGGGUAUAUUGUCUGUAAUAUGAAGAAUUCUGAAGAAGCGUUCAUUGGAGAUACGAUAUGCUGGGCAGAUAAACCUGUAGUACCUCUACCUGGAUUCAAGCCUAUGAAAGCUAUGGUAUACGCCGGUGUAUUCCCAAUGGACAGCUCGGAUUUCCCGAAACUUGAGGAAUCGAUAGAACGACUUACUCUCAACGACCGAAGUGUAUCGGUACAACGAGAAUCGUCCGCUGCUCUGAGUCAGGGCUUUCGACUGGGCUUCCUUGGUACGCUUCAUAUGGACGUCUUCAAACAACGUCUGGAAGAUGAAUAUUCCUCAGAGGUGAUCGUGACAGCACCUACUGUGCCAUACAAAGUUGUCUACCUGAAUGGUACCGAGGAAUUCGUUUCGAAUCCAGUUGACUUCCCUGAAGUGACAGAUUCAAAAUUGCGAGUCAGGCAUAUCGAAGAACCGAUGAUCAAUGCUACAAUUUUCGUACCAAAUGAAUACAUCGGCGAGAUGAUGGAUUUAUGUUCACGAUAUCGAGGUGUACAACAAGAAUAUCGUAUCUUGGAAAACUCUGAUCGAGCGAUAUUGAGGUAUUCAUUACCUCUAGCGGAGAUCGUGACGGAUUUCUUUUCAGAGUUGAAAAGCUCAAGCUCGGGAUUCGCAAGUUUCGAUUAUGAAGAAGCAGGAUAUCAGCAGUCUAACCUGGUCAAACUAAACAUCCUGAUCAAUGGAAAGCCUGUCGAUGCUCUAGCUAUGAUCGUACAUAAGUUCGCUGCUCAAAAUGUCGGUAAAGCCUGGGUGAAGAAACUCAAGGAGGUAGUCCCUCGUCAGCAGUUCGAGCUUUCUUUGCAAGCUGCUGUCGGCGCAAAAGUCAUAGCGAGAGAAAACGUCUCUGCGUUCCGAAAGGACGUUACUGCGGGAUUAUAUGGAGGACACUACGAUCGAAAGCUGAAACACUUGAACAAGCAGAAAGAAGGUAAAAAGCGACUUAAGAAACUAGCAGGAAACAUCGAGAUACCUCAGACCGCGUUCUUUCAAGUUCUUUCUUCCCGACCCAGAUCUUUCCACUCGUCAGCUCGAUCCUCCUCUUUGGCACUGAACUGCCAAACUCCGAGUAUACCUAUACCUCCUGGCUUCUCACCCAAUAACCUUUUAUCAACGUCCUUCUCAUCGUCGUCCGCCUCAUGGCAUAACACCAAUGAUCCAAUCACUCAGAACCUCCCUCAACUCGAUCCCGAAUCACCGACCAUACCUGCGCAGCCAGCGUCUGCACCACCUCCCAUUGGUCGAUCUCCUAUCUCACCUCCGGAAAGAUCGUACAAAUUGUCUCUAAUCGGUAGAAUGACUUCCUCACCUCCACCUCCCGAAGUGACCUCGUCCAAGCUAUCCGAGGCAUUCCGGGAAUUGUACACUUCAUCUCCCGAUUCGCACGUCUUCACUCCUGGAGAGAUCCACGAGAUCAUCUCUGCUCUUCUAGCUCUACAACAAAGGGAAGGUGGAGAUCGUAAAUUAUAUGCGGAGCAGCUACAACCGUUAUUCAGGGAAUUAGAGGAUAUAGUAGGAGAUAAAUCGAAGGCACUGAGAGGGAUGGAACUUACAGUCUUAUCUCAAGCAUCACGAAUAGAACGAAAAGUGAAAACCCAAGAUAUAAUCAACGCUGAAAAGUCUUUUCGAUCUUUGUUCCCUACAUCGCCUAAUCAGAAUGAUAUCAAGGGAACGAAGAGCUAUCAGAGAGGAAUCAAUCAUAUAAUGUAUUUAUGCGCUCUGGCAGGACAUCAAAGUAGAUUUGAAGAUUGGUGGAUGAAAUUAUCCCGAAAUGAAAUAUUCCCAGAUAGUCACAGUCAUCUGACUAGGUGUAUUCUAGCCGAGAAGAUAGGUAGAUUAGAGGAUAUACCAAAAAUCUUAGAUGGCGCUUUCGAUCAAGCGGAUUUAGAGAUGAGUGAAGAGAAUAAGGGCGUAUUGGUCAAUUUUGCUAUACAUGCUUUUGCAAGAGGUCCACAUCCACGAGGGGCUGACGAAUCUGACGUGGAUGUGAAUGAGGAUAAAUUUUUGGAGAGUGCUAUCGAAGGAUACUCGAAGAUUGUCGAAUUGGAUCAAGGGGAAUAUCAAAACUUACUAGGCGCGACUACCAACAGAACAUUCAAACAAGAUGGCCAAGUAGUAAUACCUAUACCCAAACAUUGCAAGCCGACUAAAGAAUUAUUCGGUCCAUUCUUAUCUGCUUUAGUUAACAAAGGAAAUUUGAUAGGAAGUUUGACAGUUUUCAAACACAUAUUCGAAAAUGGCUUCACACCAGAUAUCAAAGAUUACAUCACGUUAUUCAAGGGAUUCGUAACUUAUGGUCAAUCUGACCUAAUCAGAGGAGGCGGAGAGGCAUAUAGGGUAUUUGGGAUCAAUCGAUAUGGGUCAAAUGACUAUGGUAGGAAUGUUGAAAGAGAGAGUUUCAAAGAUAUUUGGGAAAAAGGUUUAUCACCAUUUACAGAUCAAGAGAAAUCAUUCACUGCUAUACCACCUAAAAACCACGGUAGUGAUGGGAUAAAGUGGGAUUUAGAGAAUUUGCAAGAGAUAUAUCUAUCUUUCUUAUCCCUUAGCCCCUCGAGCAUGGGAAAUAAGACCAAAGGGAUAAAUAAGAAACAACUUUGGAUUAUACUGAAAGCGUUUACAAAGACCAGUGGAGGUGAUUUACAGAUUAUAGAGAAAGUAUGGAAAGAUUUGGAAAAUAAGUUUGGAGAAGGAAAUGAAGAAGGUUGGAUUGAAUGGAAGGUUGAUAACAGGUUGAUAUGGGCCAAAAGAACCUUGUAUGGUGAAGAACAUUAA